GUAGUCCAAUUUGAAACUUGCCGAAGUUGUUUCCUGUGGUAGCCAUUAAUAGGAGCAUUGGUAAAUUCUCUUGUAUCAGAUAUUCCUGUUGGAGUUGACAUCAGUGGUGGAUGUUCGGGCGAGUUUUCUGUCCAUAAAGAAGGAUUCUUUUGGUGGCCGAUUCUCGGUGUCAUGCGGGAGAUGGCUUCGGCAAGUGACCUUUAUUGAUAAUUCUGCUGAACCUUCAUCCGGAGGGUUUUCAUUUUGGAGAUUUAGCUGUUCGUAAGCUUCAUGUUGGUAUGUCCUCACUUCUACCAUCUUUAUUUCUCGCAUCAGCUAUCACUCUGGUAUGGUAUCCGCACCUGGAACAGAUGGGUUUGCCCUGCUCCUUCCAAAUGGUUAUGAUGGCUUCGGCGGAGCUUCAUAGGGUUGGCUAUGUUGGAGCGUUGCCUGGUCCAUAUUAAUCAUUUUGGGUUGCCCAUGGCUGGGAAUUAUGAGGUUGAUUUCUCCUGGUCAUAGCGAAGUUUCUGAUGCCUGUAGUAAAUGGCUCUAGGAAAAUUUACCGUAGUCUUUGCGUUGAUUAUUAAUUAGUUUUAUCUUCCACUAUCGUAAGUAGCAAAACAGAGGCGCAGGAGAUUGUGCGGCAACGAAAAUAAAGUAAUAGAAAUAGAUGCAAAUAAAAAAAUAAAUCAAUAUUUAUUACUAGAGGAGUCUGGAUGAAGUGAAGCAACCAGCGGCAUCCAGAUCGAUGGUUAUUCUUCAUUUUUUUUGCCAGGGGAUCAGGUUGCUCCCUCAUGGAUGCUUCGACUACCAUGCUCUGGAGCACAGGGAGGUCGAGCUUUGCUAUAAGAGGCUCGGCAUUUCUGGGAUGUUACUACUGGCAAAGGCGAGGGAAGCAAUCGUCCGAACCUCAGGUUAGAGGCCACCUCGUCUCAAACCCCUGGCGGCGCGUUGUACGUUUAGAGUGAACAUGAGCGCGAACAUGGUCCAUGAGCAAAUUAGCGGCGCUCCCGAUCCAUAUUAGAGGUCAAGAAAAGGGUCGUUAUUUCUGGGAAAUGGUCGUGAUCCAACUAGCCGUGGACCUGAUCCGCGGAGGCCAACAACAUGGGGCAGAAAAGGCUCGUUAUUUCUGGGAAGUGUUUCCGUGGACGUUAAACCGGCAAAUUCGGCAAUGGAGGCCAGCUGGUUUCAAACCCCCGGUAGCAGGACGCAUUCCACCUCUAGCUUGAGACCACGAUCAUCAUCAAACCAGCACUACCCCCUGAGGUGUGGGUAGUCGAUGACCUAUAUACCAUGCGACGCUGGACUUGGCAGGGCACCGCCUUUUGAGAACGAGGACGUUGCAUGGAGUCGGAAGCUUAAUCGCGGGAUCCGGAAAAGCUAAUCAGACACGUAUGAUCCGACCCAUCCUUCUCGCUCGCUCGCUCGCGUAUCUUUCGAAUCUUUCCUUUGUCCUUUUGUUCCCUGCUUUAUCUCCUAGGGCAAUGAGAAGGGUACGACGCUUGGCCCGUGUCCCCCGGCCCACGUCCUUUCGAUUGAGCGUGCGAGCGAGCGUGGAGCAGCGAGCCCCCACCCCCCGACCCCAUUCGGCUGUGCGUGGGAAGCGUGUCGGCCAGUAACCUGUUGGCCCAUCGCGUGCCCGAUGGCAUGUGUUGCUUUCGCGGUUGGUUAGGCGGAAACCGCGGCGCUGCUCCCUCCCUACUUUUGUUGCUUAUGGUACGGUAGCAGCAGGGCACCGAGUUGGCCGGUACCAUCCACGGCCAUUCCAUUUUAUUCUUCAGUAUCAAUGAAUGCUGGUUGUUAAUAGCAAACGAUUGAAGUGGGUUCAGUCAGCGUUCUAUAGAGCAAUACACGAUCACAAUUUCGUCUACUUCCUGUUCAAUAAUUAGAGGUACGAACAGUUUGCUAAUGUACGUAUGGCCAGGCACCAAUCUACGCCUUACUCAGCUCAACAUUCUUUUCUUGGCUGUUGGGGAUUUACGCAGUACACGAAGAUCGCGGCGAUAGUGGCAGGAUCCAUGUGCCAGCUUACCGAUCACUGCAGACGGGCGGAGCGGAGAUCGAAACGGUCUUUUCUGUCUCGUUAUACCACUGAAUGAAUCGACUUGCUUAUGUAUCUCUUGUAGAUAUAACCUCUACAGAUUGUACGACUGGCGUAGCAGGUAAUUAAGGUGCAUCCUUGGUUGAGAGCUUUUAACUUUUAACCUUAGUCUUCUUUUUUUUUCUCCUUUUUUUGUGUAAGAUGAGGUAGGGAGUGAUAUAUAAAUAAGAAGUUGCGGGUGGCGGCUAUGAAAUGUUUUUCUUGGACAAUAAACACUGCUUAGUUUAAAUAAAUAGGCCUUCAUAAUCUACAAAAUAGCAUCGAAGGACAGAGACGCGGCCAGGUUAAGCGUAUGGCGAAAAGAGAGAACAGAAGGGAUGUGUAAAGCAGCACGCCCUAGCACUAGCAGGCGAGGGAAUAUGAUGCGCUGGUAACAAUGGAAGAGAAAAGGUGGCAGGGAGUGGCAUCAUCAUUUCACCGGACGACACUUCUUCUCUAAUAAUUCAUCAUCCUCACUCAUGACCAUUCCUUUUCGUGACUUCUAAUCAUAAGCCCCACUGGCGGGAGGGAGAAGAGCAGACAUUAGUGAAGCAAGGAUUUCCUACCGUUCUUCUUUUAAGAAUAAAAGGGAUCAGUUAAGCAAGGUAACGAAUCCCCAGCAACACAAGAGUCCAAGAUCCCCAGAUAACAAUGCCUGCAGCCUUACCGGCGUAGCAGCGGCAACAGCAAAGUUGUUGGAUAGAUGGCGAGAGCCCCAUAGAACAGUCUCUCUCCAAUGGUAGGCUUUUUUAAGAGCAGCAGACGUGGCCUUCCUUUCUUCUUUGUUUUGAAACUUGAAACAAAGAAAAGUUUAUACGGUCCUUGGUCUUAGCCUUGGUCCCUCCCACUCCCACUCCCACUUCUCCGUCUCGUUCGCCUUUCUUCAUGACUUCGUCUCUCCUACUGGUACUACUGCUAUCUUCUCCCCUUGUGAUGGCGGUGGCGGGGCCCGGGCCCCGGUCCCAGACCCAGCAACAGCCCCAGCCCAGCGACACGGACGCUCUGACCAUCUUCCGGUCAAGCACCGACACCCACGGUAACCUGGCCGCUAACUGGAGCACUCCCGACGCCUGCACCGGCCGGUGGCGCGGCGUCGGUUGCUCCGGCGGGAGGGUAACGUCGCUCGCCCUCCCCUUCCUCGACCUCCGGGGCCCCAUUGCCCCGCUCUCCCACCUGGACCAGCUCCGCCGCCUCGACCUCCACGGCAACCGCCUCAACGGCACCCUCCUCCCCCUCAUCCCCGCCCUCCCCAACCUCAAGCUCCUUUACCUCUCCCAGAACGACCUUUCCGGGGAGAUCCCGCCCGCCGUCGGCCGCCUCACGCGCCUUCUCCGUCUCGACCUCUCCAGCAACGACCUCCGCGGGCCCAUCCCGGGCGACGCCCUCGCCAACCUCACCCGCCUACUCACCCUCCGCCUCCAGAACAACCUCCUCUCUGGCCGCCUCCCGGAUCUGUCCGCGGCCCUCCCCCGCCUCGUGGACUUCAACGCCUCCAACAACAAUCUCUACGGGAGAGUUCCCGACAGCAUGCACACCCGCUUCGGGGCGGCCACCUUCGCCGGCAACGCGGGCCUCUGCGGGCCCACCCCUCCACUGCCGCCCUGCUCAUUCAUGCCGCGCGAGUCUCCUCCCUCCUCUUCCUCCUCUCCUCAGUCGGUGGUGCCCUCCAACCCCAGCACCAGACCGAGCGCCUCUUCUAACGCCGGCGCCGUCAUGGAGGGCGGAGGAGGAGAGGGAGGAAGGCGCAACGGAGAGGGGCUGAGCAGGGGCACGAUCGUCGGCAUCGCCGUCGGGAAUGCCGUGUUCCUGCUGGUGGCCCUGUCCCUGCUGUGUGGAUUCCGCUGCUGCAUCAGGCACCUGGAAGACAAGGAUGGCAGCAAGAUAGGCGGCGAUGGCAGGGAGAGCGACCAUCCCUCCACUCUGGAGGCGGCGGAGGAAGAGAAGAAAAGGAAAAAGGGCGGCAGAGACAGCGAUGGCGGAGAGAGUGACGAGGCGGCGGCGCGGCAGAGCAAGCUGGUGUUCUUUGAAGAGGAGGAGGUGGAGGAGGACGGCAGCGGGGGGAAGAGGGGGAGGAGAAAGCGUGGAAGCAAGCGUUUCGAGCUGGAGGAGCUGCUGCGGGCGUCGGCGGAGAUGCUGGGGAAGGGGAGCCUGGGGACGGUGUACCGGGCGGUGCUGGAGGACGGGUGCAUGGUGGCGGUGAAGCGGCUCAAGGAUGCCAACCCCUGCUGCCGCGCCGACUUCCACAAGUACAUGGACCUUAUUGGUCGGCUGCGCCGCCCCAACCUCGUCCGCCUCCGGGCCUACUACUACGCCAGGCAGGAGAAACUCCUCAUCUACGACUACCUCCCCAACGGCAGCUUCCACUCUCGCCUCCAUGGCAAUCGGGGUCCCGGGAGGAUCCCGCUGGACUGGACGACCAGGAUAAGCCUGGUGCUGGGGGCGGCGCGGGGGCUAGCGUGCAUCCACGAGGAGUAUGUGUCGUCUAAGAUCCCCCACGGCAACGUCAAAUCCUCCAACGUGCUGCUGGACAAGAACGGCGCCGCCUGCGUGGCCGACUUCGGGCUGGCGCUGCUGCUGAGCCCGGCCCACGCCACCGCCCGCCUCGGGGGCUACCGGGCACCCGAGCAGACCGACACCAGGCGCCUUUCCCAGGAGGCCGACGUCUACGCCUUCGGGGUGCUCAUCCUCGAGGUCCUCACGGGGAGGGCGCCGGCCCCCCACCCUCCUCCUCCUGCUCCUGAUUCUCAUCAUCAUCAUCCUAAUGAUGACAACAACAUUACUAAUAGCAGCAGCAACGGCAUCAUCGGCGUCAGCCUGCCGGAAUGGGUGCGGUCGGUGGUGCGGGAGGAGUGGACGGCGGAGGUGUUCGACGCCGAGCUGCUGCGGUACAAGAACAUCGAGGAGGAGAUGGUGGCCAUGCUCCACGUGGGACUGGCCUGCGUGGCCCACGAGCCCGACCGGAGGCCGGCCAUGUCGGAGGUGGUCAAGAUGAUCGAGGACAUCAGGGUGGAGCAGUCGCCGCUCCCGGAGGAGGACUUCGACGAGUCUCGCGUCUCCUUCUCGCCUUCGAUCGCCACCGCUACCGAGGACGGUCGCCUCAGCUACUGAACUCUAUUCCAUCUCUCCAUCCAUCCGUGCAGUUUUGCCGUCUUGUCAUAAUGGGGAGCAGUGCCGCCUCUCGAGAAAAUGUCGUCUCUUGCUUUCGUUGCCCAUCUGGUUAUCAACCAGCCCUGUCCUCUAUGGAAUGCUUUACCUUGAACCAAGGUUUCUGACUUCAAUUUGCUAUAUAUAUAUAAAAAAAAACUGCAUCAGAACUCUGCAACUA